AUGUUCAACAACGGCGAAAAGCCAUGGCCAGACGAUGAACCGAAAAGGAUUGCUACUCACAUACGAAAAGGGCGAAUGCCUGCAAUGCCUCCUAGCACACCACCUCAGGUAGUACAAAUGACAGCGAAUAUAUGGAAUAUCAGUCCAGAAGCGAGACCUUCAAUGGACGACCUAUGCAAACAGUUGAGAGCGCUGAACAAAACAGACUUCAAGGUAGUCAAUUCCAUUGUGCAUUUCAAUGAAGUACAUAGUCCUCUAUGA